AUGACCUCCGACAUCUCAGAGGGCCAGGUGGAGUCCCGCAUCCUCAGGGGAGUCCUCGUCGAUUUCGGGCCCGGAGCGAGCGUUCUGAGCAUCAAGCAUCCCUCCGACUACAGCGCGAUCCAACUUUCCUGCAACGUGCCGAACCGCACCGCCGGCGAUCUCGCGAUAUACAUGUUUGCCUUUUUCCGAGAACCGGUGGGCUUGUCGUGCGUACACGUCACCACCGGCCCAGACGCGUGUCCCGUCGUCGCGCACGUUCAGGUCAAGGAUCCGGGUUUCGCUGCACGCAUCGGGCGCAAGUUUGAGAGGUAUUCGAAGUGUCUCCCGCGAACCAAGAUCGAUGUAAGACUGGUCCCCGUUGAGAUCAAGUACGAAGCGUCUGCCAAUCCGCUGUGUAUGACGGAUAUCAAACGCCACCUUCUGCGAGACCACCUGGCGAGGUUGAGAAUCGAGGAGGAUCCUGCAGUGCCCGAGUGUGCCGUUUGUCUGACCGAGGCCGAAGACGCCUACCUUACCGCUUGCGGCCAUCGGUACUGUCGAGCCUGUUUCGCUGUCCAAUGCGUUUCCGCCCGCAAAGAAGGAAUCCCGAUUCGGUGUUUCGGCGAUUCAGGAAAGUGUUCACGGACCUUCCUGCUCCCCGAACUCAAACUCGCUCUCCAGUCCGAAACUUUCGAACAACUCCUCGAAAAGUCCUUCGCAAUCUACCUCCAAACGAUCGAAACGAUCCAAGAAUGCCCGACUUUUUCACUGCGACCAAACCUAUCGCACUUCCACCGACGGCUCCGUGAUAACUUGCCUCAAGUGCGCCACGCCCAUCUGCACCACCUGCCGGGCCCCUUCCCACAGCGGCACGACCUGCCUGAUGUACCAGCGCGUGGGGACGGCGGAAUUCCAGACCUGGAAUCUCAACACGGAUAUCAGGAAGUGCCCGCGGUGCAGGAAUCUGAUCGAGAAGACCGGCGGCUGCGAAAGGGUGGAUUGUAUCUGCGGGGCCGGGUUGUGCUGGAAGUGCAUGGAGCUGUGGGAUGA